UUAUUCGUGGGACAAAUGUACAUAAAAAUAGCAAAAUUACUUGCCCGUCCCAUUGGUUUAGUUACAGAUUUCAUAAAAUCCUACAAACAUUUUUCUCCGAUAUUCCCGGUGUUGGUUUUCUUGAUACGUGGGACAUGACAACUGUUCACCCACAAGAAGAUGUGCACCCCGAUAAAAAUAUGGUGCUUAGCCAAAUUACAAUGAUGCUUUCUUAUGUAUGUGGAACUAUAUAACACGCAAUGUUGUUUAUUUAUAUUAAUUUUUUACUGUUUUUCCUAUUUAUAUUUGCCACUAGACUCCUGUCAUUUACGAUAAAUUAACUUAGAGAUAAAAGCUCCCCGUUACUAUACCCUUUUCGUGCAUUUUUACUGAAAGUGAGAAAUAUAUCGAUUAGGGGAAUUUACCUGCUCCAUGUGCGAGCAAUUAUUAUUUUGAUUUGCUAUUUGUAAGUAUUUGUGCUGUAAAGGUUAAAUGGAAGUCAAGUCAAUUUUAAAGUUACUUAGGCAACGUCGACUAGUACAUGGUCUUGCACCGUGCAGAUUAAUCUACAGUGAAACGGGAACUUGGAGCAAAAAGUACAAAAAAGAAACUCGAAUAAAGAUUGAAAAAGUUUGGUCAAAAAGAUUAGUUGAGAGAUGGAAAAACAGAAAAAUGGAUUCAGACUCUGGAAAUGGGAGGAAAAAGUUCUACUGCUUGUCCAUGUUUCCCUACCCAUCUGGAAAGCUUCACAUGGGUCACGUGAGAGUUUACACCAUCAGUGAUGCUAUGGCUCAUUAUCAUAGGAUGAAUGGCAAGCAGGUGAUCCAUCCAAUGGGUUGGGACUCGUUUGGACUUCCAGCUGAAAAUGCAGCUCUUACCAGAAACCUUGACCCAACAGAGUGGACAGAUAAGAACAUUAAAUAUAUGAAGCAACAACUCAUGGAUCUUAAUUUGUUCAUGGACUGGGAACGUGAAUUCUCCACUUGUGAACCAUCAUAUUACAAAUGGACACAAGCGUUAUUUGUUCGUAUGUUUCACGCUGGCUUAGCUUACAAGCAAAAGGCGCUGGUUAACUGGGAUCCUGUAGACAAUACUGUGCUUGCUGAUGAACAGGUAGAUGAAGAGGGAAGGUCAUGGAGGUCGGGAGCUUUGGUUGAGAAACGAUCCUUGGAACAAUGGUUUCUAAGAACAACUCAAUAUGCACAGUCAUUACUCAAUACACUGGAUGAAAUAGAUGAGAGAGUUGGAAUAAAAGCGAUGCAGAAACAUUGGAUCGGAGAAAUUAACGGAUGUUUUAUCAAGUUUCCAAUAUUGGUAAAUGGGGUCAAAACUGAGGAGGUUAUAUCAGUGUUCUGUACACACCCAGAGUUGUUGUCUAAUGCCUCACAUAUUAACCUGGACCUCAACCAUGCAGAAGAAAUAUUCAACCUGUUUUCUGAUGCAGGUUUAAAUUCGAAGAUGUACAGCCAUCUUGAUGAAAAGUGCAAUGGGCAAGUGGUGUCAGGUGUUUCUGCAUUAAACCCAAUCACUCAAACAAAUAUCCAGUUUGUAAUUUCCGAUCACCAUAGAGAGAGUCAUGGGAAGACAGCUGCCGUAUUAGGUAUUCCAAAAGUAAAUGACACGGAUGCUGAUAUUGCCAACUCUUGCAAAUUUCACUUUAAUAAAACUUUGUCCAACCUCACAAGAAAAGAAACUUUAAAACAAAUUCGCGACUCCAACUGUGGCAGUGGUCACAUGACUUCCAGCUCUCUGCGUGAUUGGUUGAUAUCUCGGCAGCGGAGAUGGGGCACCCCAAUUCCUGUUGUGUAUUGCCCACACGAUGGCAUAGUUGCUGUGCCGGAACAAGAUUUGCCUGUCCAAUUACCAAAACAUGGGGUGGCAUUGGAUGAAUGGAAAAUUACAACUUGUCCCAAAUGUGGUGGAGAAGCAACUCGAGAAACUGACACAAUGGAUACAUUUGUUGAUUCUUCGUGGUAUUUCAUGCGUUUCACUGACCCACACAAUACACAAGAACCAUUCUCAAAAGAAAAAUGUGAUCACUUGAUGCCAGUUGAUUUGUACAUAGGUGGCAAGGAACAUGCUAUUCUACAUCUAUAUUAUGCAAGGUUUCUGUCACAUUUUUGUGCGGACGUUGGCAUGACUGUGCAUAGAGAGCCAUUUAAAAAGUUACUAGCACAAGGAAUAAUCAAAGGAAAGACCUACAAAGUGAAAAACACUGGAAAGUAUCUGCAUAAGGAUGAGGUCACACAAACAGGUGACGUUGUUACUGAGACAUCUAGUGGAGAAAUAGUUGAAACGAGCUUCGAGAAGAUGAGCAAGUCAAAGUUGAACGGGGUCGAGCCCGCUGACUUUGUGGGGGAGUGGGGAAUCACCCUUACACGGUUGUUCGUUCUUUAUGCCGCCGCCCCGUAUGAAUCUAUUCAUUGGGAUGUUAAAACUGAUAUUAUACCUGGUGUAAUGAGAUGGCAGAUGAAACUGUGGAGAAGUGUCGGUCGAUUACUUGAAGCAAGACAGCGCGUUCCUUACAAUAACAACUCAACAUUGAAAGACAGCGACUCCGAUAUUGAAUUGAAAAUUGCAGAAGACACGAAUUUUGCAAUAAAUCAAGUGACGUUAUGUUUUGAAGAGACAACAGUUCUUAGUGCUGCUGUUACAAGUUUAAUGACUGUGGCAAGAUCAUGCAUGAAUGUUCCAGACAGAAUAGUUGAACAAUGUCCUGAGUAUGAGAGGUCUGUGUGUGCACAAGUCGUCAUGGCAACACCUAUGAUGCCUCAUUUUACUUCUGAACUCUGGGAAGGUUUGCGUGGUAUGAAAUACAAACUGACCAAUCAGCAUUGGGAUAAAGAAGUAUUGGACCAAUCAUGGCCCACCAUUGUUGAUCUUGGUAUGAUGGAAAGAAAAAGAAUAAUUAUCAAAGUCAACGGAAAACGAUGCACGGUUUUGCGCACGUCACCUUCUGAUGACGUCAGGGAGCUUGUAUUACGUAACGAUGACGUCAUAGGACGGCUGAACGGCGAACGUAUCAUGGACUUCGUAACCACAAAGCGAGGGAAACAAACGGAAAUGAAUAUUAUUUCCGAAAAGAAACUUUCUAAAGAUUUUGCAGAGAAUAUAUCUUAAAGUUGACGAAUGGCUUUUUAGUGGUUAGGUACAGAUCGCUUGUGGAGAGUUCUAUAUUUUUGUAUUUUUGCAAGCUAUAAUAGAUCAGUUGUUAAGGAGUCAAAAGCAGAGAAAUUUUAGCUGUUUGUGACACUGUUGUCACUGGAGAACGUAGUGUUGACGACACCUAUCCAAUACGCAAUGUUGAAAAUGGCAUGGUCAGCAGUUCUACACUAUAUCGAAGCGUUAGUUUUUUGAGAAGAUUAGCACAAUUGUUUGUAAUGCAGUUGUUAUUUAUUGAAAAAAGCCGUUAUCGGUGUCGCUGUAAACCUCCAAAGGAAUUUACAGAAUAUUUUUCUUGUUUGGUCUCGAUUUCUGGUCUUCCUCGUCAAUCGGAGAUUCGUUCUCGGACGAGUGGUCUAAAAAAUGGAUGAAAUCCGCAGCUUUUAAUCCGAAGAUUGUAAAUUAAUGUCUCCCACAUUUUUUUAAAGUCUUUGGAGUUAAAGAAAUUAGAAUAUGCAGCGAAUACGAUCCACAAAAAUUCCAAAUUGAUCGAUACAUGUCGAUGCGAUGUAUUUUUGUAUUUUUGACUCGUACGAAAGGUACAAAAAGGCGUUACUGAAGCUUGUACAGCACCAUUUUAUACAAGUGUUCUUUAUAACAAAUGCAAGAGGGUAAAUGCACUGUUUCACCCUGAAAUAAAACAUCCAGCACCAAUAAUUGA